UCGGCGGAAGGCUUUCAUUAGAGCAGUGCAGAGUGAGUGAUCUGGUAGCCGCUGCUGCAGGAGGAAGGAUCGCGGUUCUACCCGUACUACCUUUCAGUUUCGCCUUAAAAUUACAUCGACCGGUUUCGCCGGACAGAUAGCGUUAAUUCGAGUGUUAGCCCAAGGUAUUGAUUGUAACACAUUUGUGAGCACUGGUCUCCAGAUAUAGAGAACAGCCGCCAUUUUAACCGAGUAUAACACGUUUUCGGUGACAGCAGCACAAGCACAACAAUGGCUCUGAAAAGAAUUCAUAAGGAGUUGAAUGACUUGGCUCGUGAUCCUCCCGCUCAAUGUUCAGCCGGACCAGUAGGAGAUGACAUGUUUCAUUGGCAGGCGACAAUAAUGGGACCAAAUGACAGUCCUUAUCAGGGUGGAGUGUUUUUCCUCACUAUUCACUUCCCCACAGACUACCCCUUCAAACCGCCAAAGGUUGCGUUCACCACAAGAAUCUACCACCCGAAUAUCAACAGCAACGGAAGCAUCUGUCUCGACAUUCUGAGGUCACAGUGGUCCCCCGCCCUCACCAUCUCCAAAGUCCUCCUGUCUAUCUGCUCUCUGCUCUGUGACCCAAACCCAGAUGACCCUCUCGUACCCGAGAUCGCCCGCAUCUACAAGACUGACAGGGAAAAGUACAACAGAAUAGCUCGGGAAUGGACACAAAAGUAUGCAAUGUAGUUCUGGAGCUCGGAUUCACGGCGGACAAACAAAUGAAUAAACAAACAGCCCACGCCACCUCUCUUGUCUCCGUAUCCACGGCGACACUCGAAAGUUUAAGAGAAAAAGAAAAAAAACAAAAGCAAACAAAAACAGGUCUCAAAUUCCAUUGGAGUGCUUUACUCCAGGCCACUCCCCCUUCCCCUCUUAGACCUCUCCCCAGCAGACAUGGUGUGUACAUACUUUCUCUGCCCCACCCACGUGACCCCACCCUCCCGGUCUUCCUCUCUACCCACCUCUCCUCCAUCUCUCAUCCUCCCAUCUCUCCCUCCCCUGACUUGCCCCAAACGCACGCUCCAUGUCUUGCUCCCGUCUCUUGUCGCAACGGCGACCAGCCCCGCCCGUUCCGAGGGUCAGUCAAAACUAGCUGGCGCAGCGCUGCGAUUGUGUUUUUCCGUAAGCAUUCCUUCAUUCGUCAUUCUGAAAGACAAGGUAAAUCCAUUAAAAAAAAAUGUUUUUUUUUUUUUUUUUUUAUAUAUAAAGUAAACAGGAUGUGCUGGGGCCUGGUGUCCAUGGAGUGGGGGAGGGGAGGGGAGUGGGGUGGGUGGGAUGGAGGGGUGUUGACGAUAUAAUGGACCUUCAUCUUCUCAUCCUUUUUCAUGGCCCGUGCUUGUAUUUGCGGGGAAGGAUGGGGGUGUUCUAUCUUUUUGUUCUCUUUCUUUCCUCUGGUUUUGCCUUUUUUUUAUUUCUUCCUAUUGUUUGGGUCAGUGGAGGGGUAUGCUGGCUUGUAUUUUGUAUAAAAUCUUUAAGGAAUUCUUUUAAAUAAAAUCAUAGCAGACCAUUUAAAGGGGGAACGACCGUUGAUCUUUUGGAUCAUUCUAAAGGACUUGAAUUCUGCAAAUAUAUAUAUUAAAAAAAAAAAUUCAUUCGCCAUAACCAUGACUGUCUGUCCUCCAUUCCCCUCACCCCUCUUUCCCACCCCCCUCCCUCACAUACAAACUCUCCCUCUCACUCACAAAACACGUGCACACACACACACACACACACACACACGCACACAUAUUCAUACAGACACACACACACACACACACAAACAAACAAACAAACAAACAAACAAACAAACAGGCAAGAUGUGGACCAGUUUAUUUAAGUCCUUAUUUAGUUGAGUCCUUGUGUUCUCUGGUUGGCUCUUGAGCCUUAGGUUGUGUUUUUGUUUUAGAAGCUAACAUGCAGCUGUGGGGGUGCGUGCUGGCCCCCUCCCCUUGCCCCCGCUCCCUGUCCCCCCCCCACCCCUCCAGCAGAGGAUCUCCUCCAAACACACACACAUACACACAUACACACAGAACUCUGUAUAUUUAAUUACCGGAAAGCUCCAUUGGGCUUUGUGUGUUGAUUAAAGACUGUGUAAUAAAAUGAUUACUAAAGUC